GUAAUAAAGUAGUGCUUGAUAGUUGUAAAAUAGUGAUAAGUGAAUUAACAAAUCAUAAAAUUACUAAUCUGUUGGGUUUUUCAGUAGGCUGGUAUUACUUAACACGUAAAAGCUGGAGAAGCUAGAGCAGUUUACAAAACUUUCGAAAAUGGACCGCAAGGCAGAAUUGGAGCGUAAAAAAGCCAAAUUACAGGCUCUCCGUGAGGAAAAAGAUCGUCGACGUAAAGAAAAGGAGAUGAAAGAUCUUGAGGAAGCAGCAGGUAAAUUGGGACAUCCAGAGAAUAAUACAAGAAGAGAUUUGGAUGAAAUGCUGUCCUCGCUUGGUGUAGCUCCUGUUUCAGAAGUACUUUCCUCCCUAUCUUCAGUGAAUUCGGCAACAUCAGAUCAUUCAACAAAUCAUACUCCGGAUGCUAGUCUUCAGCCUAAUCUGAAUGGACAUAACUAUCGUAAAAAACCGGUUAGUUUGAGUUUAGUAUCUGUACAAGCAACCAAUAUCCCCCCUAAGGAGACGGUUGUAUAUUCAAAACAGACACAAACUACCAGUACUGGAGGGCAUGAACGCGAUGCACAUGCUACGGAUUAUUACGAUGAAUACAAUCUAAACCCUGGUUUAGAGUGGGAGGAUGAGUUUACAGGUGACGAUGAAGAAAACUCGUUGACUCAUAUCGAUCAUGGAUUUCAUUCGAAACUACCGCCUGGUAUUCUUCCACAUGGGCUACCCACCGUUAAGGAGGUGGCACCGGCUAUUACACCUCAAGAGCAGAAAAAGGAGGAAGUUAAAGAAGUCAAAGAACUUUCCGCUGAACAAAAGCAGAUGAUAAUCCUCUCUGAAGAUUUCCAACGAUUUAUUUUAAAAGCUGGGAAAGUAAUGGAGCGUGCCCUAUCUGAAAUGGUUGACAUCUACACAGAUUAUAUUGGAGGGGCUGAUACAGAUGAUAUCAACGAUGAACGUUCUCUUGCUCGUUUGUCAUUGAAUCGAACAUUCUACUGCGACCGGUGGUCAAAAAAUCGUUGUGUUACAUCAUUUGAUUGGUCAAGUCAUCAUCCAGAGCUCAUGGUAGCAUCUUACCACAAUAACGAAGAAUCGCCGAACGAACCAGAUGGCGUAGUAGUGGUGUGGAACACCAAGUUCAAAAAGCAUACCCCUGAAGACGUUUUCCAUUGUCAAAGCGCGGUCAUGUCAACCUGCUUUGCUAAAUUUCAUCCAAAUUUGAUAUUGGGAGGCACCUAUUCUGGGCAGAUUGUGCUCUGGGAUAAUCGAGUACAGAAACGAACACCCAUUCAACGCACACCUCUAAGCACAAAUGCACAUACGCAACCCGUAUAUUGUCUUUCCAUGGUUGGGACGCAAAAUGCGCAUAACGUUAUCUCAAUCAGUUCUGAUGGCAAGUUGUGCUCAUGGAGUUUGGAUAUGCUCUCUCAACCGCAAGAUGUACUUGAACUACAGCAGCGUCAGUCGAAAGCCAUAUCCGUAACUUGCAUGGCAUUCCCUCACAAUGAAGUUAAUAAUUUCGUACUUGGAAGUGAAGAUGGUUACGUUUACUCCGCUUGUCGCCAUGGUAAUCGAUCUGGAAUUGGUGAAACAUACGAGAAACACCUCGGACCGGUAACGGGAAUUUCAGCUCACCAUAAUCAAUCAUCACCUGAUUUCGGGCAUCUAUUUCUAACUUCAUCCAUUGAUUGGACAAUUAAACUAUGGAGCUUGAAAGAGAAUAAACCUAUUUAUUCAUUCGAGGAUAAUUCUGAUUAUGUAACGGAUGUUGCCUGGUCACCGAUUCAUCCGGCACUCUUCGCCGGGAUUGAUGGAAGUGGUCGUCUAGAUUUAUGGAAUCUUAAUCAAGACACUGAAGUACCAACAGCAUCUGUAGUAGUUGAAGGUCAACCAGCACUAAACAGAGUAUCAUGGACACCCUCUGGCCUACAUGUAACAGUAGGUGAUGAAGCUGGUCGGGUUUACGUUUAUGAUGUUGCUGAUAAUUUAGCCACUCCACGGAUGGAUGAAUGGAACAAACUUAACUCGGUGCUGAACGAGCUUAAGAUGAAUCAAAAUGAUGAAUUUGAUGAUCUAGACAAAAAAUCGCCAGUUCCUCAGACUCCAUCGUUAACGUCGCUCACCUCUUCACCACUUAUAUGAAAUUCAAUAAGGCCCUAUUAGAUAAUUAAUAGGGAUCGAUAAAUCUAAUCAAGCAUGAGCAACUAGCUUGAGUCUAUCCAUUUUUUUAAAUGCAACUAAAAAAACAAGUCUGAAAAUACAUACACGUUAAAGAAACCGGCUACGGAUAUGACUUCACCUAUUGUUACGGUAUUUUCAGCUCAUGAUCUUACCAUAAAGAAAGCAGAGCGGUACACAUUUGUCUAUAAUAAACAAAAAAUGCCUGAAUUAUAACUUCAGUAUUAGCUUUUGAUUGUAAACAAAUGUACUAAAAACAAGAUAACUGCAUAAAGAACUUCUCAUGUAACUUAUUACAUUCAACAAGAGAUCAGCAUGUUUUUAAUCGUUCAAAAUAUCGCGG